AUGGUUGUUUUAAAUGUUCAACAGAAUGGUUCUCAUCCACUUAAAUCUGCUGAUUUUGUUGUCUUCAUCACUCCAGGAUUUUCCGGUCAGAUGAACACAUUUACCUCUGCUGUUUCUUUUAUAAAACAAUCAACCAAACAGUGUCCUUAUUGUCCAUAUGCAACACUGAAUUCUACAAACCUGAAGAACCAUUUGAUAGUCCAUACUGGAGAGAAACCAUAUAUUUGUAAUGUAUGCCGAAAAUCUUUUACUCAGAAAGGAAGUCUUAAAAUUCAUAUGAGGCUACAUUCAGGUGAAAAACCAUAUGAAUGUCAAGAUUGUGGAAGAAAAUUUACCCAGCUUGUUCAGUUGAUUUCACGUGAACUGAAAUCGUUUUCAUCUGCUGUGUCUUUUAUAAAACAAGCAACCAAACAGUGUCCGUACUGUCCGUACACAUCAUUUAAUUCUACAAAUAUAAAGAAUCAUAUGGUAAUCCACACUGGAGAGAGGCCGUACAUUUGCAGUAUAUGCAAAAAAACAUUCACUUUGAAAGGGAAUCUUAAAAUUCACAUGCGAUUGCAUUCAGGGGAAAAACCAUAUGAAUGUCAGAAUUGUGGCCAAAAAUUUAACCAGCUCAUUCAUCUGAGAGCACAUAAAUUAAGGAAGCAUUCAUGUACUUUUGAAAGCAACAAUCACGAACAUUUAUAUUACUCAAAUAAAUGCCCACAUUGUCCCUAUUCUUCUCUAUCUCGUGGCAAUCUGAGGAAUCAUAUGGUUGUUCAUACAGGAGAGCGACCUUUUGUGUGCCAUGUUUGUAAGAAGUCUUUUACUCAAAAAGGGAAUCUCAAAACUCAUAUGAGACUGCAUUCUGGUGAACGUCCUUUUAAGUGUCAUAUUUGCUGCAGAGACUUUGUACAGCAUCAGCAUUUAAAAGAUCAUUUAUUAAAGCAUGAGAAAAUAUAAUUUCAAGAUAAAGUUUCCAAAUAUAUGAAAUUCUCCAAGUGAACAUUUAUCAUCAGAAAAUGUUAGGAAGAUUUCUUUAAAGAAAUGCCCAUAUUGUCCUUACUCAACUCCAUAUUCCAGCCAUAUGAAUAUUCAUAUGGUAGUUCAUACUAGAGUUAAACCUCACGUAUGCAGUAUAUGCCAGAAAGCAUUCACUCAAAAAGGAAGUCUGAAAAUUCAUAUGAGACAACAUUCUGGGGAACGCCCAUAUGAAUGCAAUGUUUGUAAAAAGAAGUUUAUUCAGCAUAUUCAAUUAAGAUGCCAUGCAUUAAGUCAUAUAAACCAGAAUCAGU